AUGUUUAGUAGUGAGGGGUGGUGGGGUAUAUCCAAACAGCUGCCAUUUGCGCCCACUUGCUCACCUGCUCUUAGCGACCACGGCUCCUCGGACAGCGAAGACGUCCCCGCGCAACCAACUGGAAAGGGAAAGGCAAAUCAGCUAGCGAAGGAGGAUCCCGUACAAGAUGGGAAGGACGACGACAGUGGGGUUGAAGAAGACGAAUACGUCGUUGAAGCGAUCCACGGCCACCGGUUUCAAAAGGGCGUUCUUCAACUCGACGUCAAAUGGGAAGGCUACGAUGAUCCCAAGGAUCGGACAUGGGAGGCAGAGGAAAACAUGGAGGGAGCCAUCGACGUACUGAACGAGUACUUCCAGAAAAUUGGAGGCCGACCAGAACCCAAAGGCCAGAAGCGGAAAGGACGACCAUCGGCCGCUGGCACAAAAUCCGAGUCUGGGAUCCCCGCAUCCAGCACUAAGCGUGUGAAGGCAGAUACAGAGGAGAAGAAGACGAAGGAGAAAAGGGAGGCACAAUGGAGUCCACCACCAGGCUCAUGGGAACAUGAUGUCAGCUACAUCGACACAGUUGAGCAAACAAAAAACCCCAAGACGGGUGAACCCGAGAAGUUCGCAUACCUUGUCUGGAUGAAUGGACGAAAGACACAGCACCCUCUCAAACACGUCUACCAAAAGUGUCCACAAAAAAUGCUUGGAUACUACGAAAGCCACCUAGUCUUCACCGAAAACGGCGAUGAGCCUCUGAAUAGCGACGAUGGUGAUGACUACAAAGACACGAUAAUGACAGGCCACUAA